AUGCCGAAAUCAAGGGCUAAAAAAGCAAAGGGCAAAGGAAGAGCCGGGCCAUAUACCACGGACACGUCUUCGAAGCGCUCACAAAAAUCUGCACAUCCCACUACUUCUACAAAAUCAGAAUCUCCAAAGCCAGUGGCGAACACGCGCUCUGCUAGAAAGAAAGCGGCUGAAGCUGAAAGCAACCGGUCUCGGUUUAUCGAAUUGCCUCCGGAGAUCCGACUCCAGGUCUACGGAUAUUUCGCCUGCUGCCCAUCGGACUUGGAUGACCCACAUACGCCCAUUUUCGGCCAAGAAGAGUGGAAGGAGAUCCAAGUCACCAGACGCUCCUUGCUCUCAGUGUCACGUCAAGUCAACGAUGAUUGGACCCCUUUGUUCUUCAGCACUACCUCUCUCGUGAUCAAACCUGCACCAUUGGCUAUGUCCGGCAGCAGAACCAAGAAGAAAGGUCAAGAUGAUUCAAAUGAAGAUUCAAAGGCUGCGAUUGCGAGACUCGCCAAGGCCUUAUUGGCGGAUAUUCCAGUCAACAAACUACGAUACGUGAGAAAGCUGGAGUAUCGGCAUCACAGACCAUGUCCAAGAAAUGGAAAGAUCAAAAAUGACGAUGGGCUUAUACACCUCGCAGACAUCCUUGGGCAUGUGAAGAGCAAACUGCUACAUCUCACUAGUGUGGCCUUUGUUGUUGAUUGGACUUGGGACAGCUUCGUGCCGUACAUGUAUGGUGCGACUGAUGACCAUGACGGGGCAUUUGCGUUUAUUGAUGUUAAUGGACGACUUGAGGAAUUGUCUCAACGGAUCUUGCGUGAUCGUCGUGGCGCUAUUCUUCGAGGUUGGAGUGUCGAGAAGAAGGCCUACUUCACUCGAGCAUAUCAGACUCUUUUCUGGAUGGUCAAAGGGCUCGAACUCACUUUCCGCAACACCGCUGCUGGACUGCCGCAAACGAUUGAUGAGUGGGUUCAACUCGGCCAAAAACUUGCAUCUCGACCAUGA